GACAAAGAAGUAACUUUUCACGCAUCGUCACGCAUUUCCUAUUACCUUUCUUUGGCAGAGAAAGAAAAUACCACAGGUGUGUUAUCAUUGACCUAAUUUCCAAAUUUUGUAUGAUUAGGUUAGUAUAAAAACAGUAGAAAUUCUGGGUAAGUCAUCAUUUCUUAUAAGUAAGAAAAGUAUUACAAACAUGUCUCGCUUUGCUUUCCUCCUGUUGUGUGUCCAGGCUGGUCUGAUCCAGACUGCUCUGUGCGGGCUGCCGUGUGGUUGCAGUCAAAUUUCUUACGCGCCCUCCGGUUGCAUCGGAGGCGUCGAAAAAGUCAUCGAGAACUACAGUGUUAGUGCGCCAAGCUGCAGCAUUAGUGCAUAUGAGUACAAUGCACCCAGCGUCAGCUACAGUGCGCCUAGCGUCAGCUACAAUUCGCCUAGCAUCAGCUACAGUUCGCCUAGCGUCAGCUACAGUACGCCUAGCAUUGCCGUAAGUGCACCUAGCAUCAGCCUGGGUACAUCUAGUAUAAGCAGCGGCUACGGCGCGUCGUACGGCGGCGAGGGUGCCGGAGUGGUGCGCGCUGAGGGCGACAUCGGUGCGUACGGAAACACGGCCGUCGUCGGAUCCGUGCCGGUGCUCGGCUCAGUGGUGUUCAGUGGCAGGGUGCCGGCGACCGGCUCCGUGUCCAUCCGGGGACAGUGCGGGUGCGGCUGCAAAAUUUAAAGUAGACGAAAAUAAAAUGUAAUAAAAAAAUAAACCGUG